GCUCGGCAGACCUCGGCUCGGCGGGGCGGUGGCGGUUCCCAGGGCCGCCCCGGGCCCUCCGCUCCGUGAGGCGGUGCCACCGCUCCCCCCCGCCCCGGCGGCCUUUGGACCCGGGGUACAGCACCCCCAGCUCCGUGGGGCGGCGGGGAGCGGGAGGCGAGCGGCGGCCGGCACUGGGGGCGGAGGAGCAGUACCCCAACACCACAGCCUGCCUGCCUUCCCGCCACUGCCGGGCCUCGACGCCGGGACGCCAGCAUCCCACCAGGGCCGACCUUUCCGCUAGGCUGCACCAGGCCCGUUUCCACCUCUCGACCCCUCCUAACUGCUCUCCCGACCGCCCAGGCAUGGCCACCCCACAGCUCACAGAGAGCACCAUCACGGUGGAAGGCCAAACCCUCUUCUACCGCCAAGCCCAGCCGGCUCAGCAGGCACCAAAGCUGACGGUGCUGCUGCUGCACGGCAUUCGCUUCUCCUCCGACACCUGGCUUCAGCUGCGGACGCUUGCCACACUGGCCGAAAAUGGCUAUCGAGCUGUGGCUAUCGACCUGCCGGGGCUGGGGCGCUCGAAGGAUGCCGUGGCCCCAGCACCUGUGGGCCAGCCAGUGCCGGGGGCUUUCCUGAAAGCGGUUUCGGAGGCUCUGUGCCUGGGUCCAGCUGUGGUGAUCAGCCCAUCGCUCAGCGGCAUGUACUCCCUGCCCUUCCUCUUCCAGCACAACCACCUGCUCAAGGCGUAUGUGCCCGUGGCGCCCAUCUGCACCGAGAAAUUCACAGCAGAGCAGUAUGCCCAGAUCAAAACCCCCACGCUGAUUGUGUAUGGGGACCAGGAUGUGGAGCUGGGGCAAGCCAGCCUGAACAACCUGCAGCACCUCCCCGAGCACCGGGUGCUGGUGCUGCAGGGCGCCGGACACGCCUGCUACCUGGACAAGCCCAACGAGUGGCACUGCGGGCUCCUGGCCUUCCUGCAGCAGCUGGACUGAGCAGGAGGGGCUGUGUGGAGGGGCCCACGGGGCAGGGGGACGUGGCCAGCCCACCCACCCGUCCGCCUGUACGCACACCCUUGCACCAACCCAGCUGCUCGCCUGGCAUCCCCACCCAGCCCCGCUGUGCCAUGCCGAGUUCAUGCCGACAUCACCGCCUCCCUUGGGACCAAAUAAAACCCCAAGCUCUGC